AUGGCAUCGUCUAGCCCCCCUUACGUCACUUUCAGCCAAUCACGUCUGGUGCUACAUGCAAAAAAGUUUUGCAACAAGGGAAGAAGACCAGGACUGCAGGACACUGUGAACUCUUUUGAGAACUUAUUUUCCCACCAUGUUCAACACCACUCUGAACCCGCCACCAACCUCCACGUGAACUCUACCAGCCCUACCCAACGGACUCCACUCUGGUACCAGCUCCCCGAGUGCGCCAUCGCCCCCUGGGCCUUCAUCUUCUACUUUGGGGUCAAGGUGUUGAACCUGGCAGUGGGGGCGCCCUGUAACAUCCUGGUCAUCUGGCAGAUCGCCACCAGGAAAAGCGACGCUUCCACCUCGGACAUCUUCAUCAUAAACCUGGCCGUCUUGGAUGCCUACUUCUGUCUCAUGACGCCCAUAGACAUGGUCAACCGACUGCUGCUGGACAACAGCCGCAUUUGGUACUUUCAGAGGUUCGCAUAUGGGAUCAAGGACGUAGCGCCGCUCUUUCUGGUGUGUAUCUGCUUAGACCGCUACGUGGCCGUGGUGCACCCAGUGUUGUUCGCUAGUAACCGAGACAACAAGAUCCGCAUUUGCAUUUGCGCGGUCGCCUGGGGCCUCAUCCUGGCUUACGGCUUCACAAAGUGCAUCCUGGGAGCCGUGAGCGUCAACGAGUUCUUCAGCGGCGUCAUCCUGUUUGCCUUCACCGUCAUGGUCUUCUGCAACAUCUCCGUCAUCUGGGUCCUCAGACGCUCCGUGGCGGGAAAGGAGGAGAUGCACCCGGUGAAGAAGAAGGCCUUCAGGAUGGUGCUGAUCAUCCUGGCCAUCAUCGUGUCCAACUACCUGCCGCCCGUGGCUCUCAUGCCCUUCAUGCCGUACUACACGUUCGUGGUAUUUCAUUGCCAGAUCAGCAUCAGCGUGUUUGCCAUCAUGGAUCUGAGCUGCAGCAUCGAGCCUCUCCUCUACAUCACAAAGAUAGAGUGUGUGGACCGAGGAUGCUGUGGACGGUGUUUCUCUAAGAAGAAGCAUGAUGUUAAAGUGUGA